GGGUAUUGUGUUGAGAGAACAAAGCGUGCUCUUGUGUAUGACUUCAUGCCCAAUGGAUCACUCGACAAGUACAUCAGCACCAGUCAAGAACAAAGUCCAGUGUUGAGUUGGCAGAGGAAGUAUGACGUUGUUCUUGGAGUGGCUCAAGGAAUUGAGUAUUUGCAUCGAGGAUGUGACGUACGAAUUUUGCACUUUGACAUCAAGCCACACAACAUUCUUCUGGAUGAGAAUUUCAUUCCAAAGAUUUCUGACUUUGGGCUUGCAAAAUUAUAUCCAACAGAUAAUAGCAUAGUGACUCUCACAGCUGCUCGUGGAACGAUUGGAUGUGUUGCUCCAGAGUUGAUCAGCAGAAGCAUUGGAGCUAUCUCUUAUAAAGCUGAUGUUUACAGUUUCGGAAUGCUGCUAAUGGAAAUGCUGGACUUGAAGGGAAAUGUAGUUGAAACUGAAGAAAAAUCUAGCCAAUACUUUCCAUGUUGGGUUUAUGAUAAGUUCAACAAAGGCAAGGAGAUAGUGGUGGAUGAAGAAGCAAAUGAUGAUGAAAAGGAGAUGGCUAGAAAGAUGACUUUAGUUGCAUUAUGGUGCAUACAAACAAAUCCAGUACAACGCCCUUCGAUGAGUAAGGUAGUAGAAAUGCUUGAAGGCGAAGUUCAAGUGCUAGAGGUACCUCCUCAGCCUAUUCAAUCUCAACCGAUUGGUCCAUUGUUUCAUCAGAUCAUGGAAAGUUCUAUGACGUUUUCGUCUGAUUCAAUUGCUUUGUUAGAAAAUUCUGCUAAUAAUCCCGUUGAAUUAGACAUAUGUUCUGAUUGAUUCACUGUUUAUUUAAAAUGACAAAUAUUUAUGAGGUCUGUUGUAAACCAAGGCCCGUUGCCUACCGCAUGAUCUCUGCAGUGUGAUUAUUUAAUA